AUGAUUCCUCCCCAAAAGGCCACUCGCCACAACCGACAUAGUGUGGAUGAGGAAAAGAAGUUCCAGGUCCACAGACUGAUCCUGGAAUAUUGGGUACUGCUCGAGUUACUAGUGGAGUCCUUCAACGCCGAUGACAAAGUAUAUCCUUUCAUCAAGCCUUACGCAGAGGCCAUUAAUCCAUCUUGUCAUCUCGUGUGGACAGUUUCCGCGGUGCAACAAGGGAGGCAUCCGAAGUCUGGCGACCCAUCGUGUUUUGUCAGAGAAUUCGACAAUGCGGAUCGUAUGGUUAGAACCAAGGCCGAUGUCUGGAAAUUUUCAACCCUCGACCGAAGUAGAAGAUCAGUGAUCGAGGAAGAGUACUACCAUUCUGUACCCACCAAACGGGUCAUCGUCGUAUUCACGGUAGCGCUGUCGGUAAUAAAGUUUACGGGUUAUUUUGCAUGUAGAGGCUUUAGAGAAAACCAGCCUCUUCCCCGAUUUGACAGAGGGUCAAGUGGAUUUAAGCCGGACAAUAUUAUAAAGCGCGAUAAGUUCGUUAUCCAGCAAUGCAGGACAGUGACAAUCACUAAGCAAAGUCGAAACUCUGCACAUAACCUCGCCCACUGCGAAUCGCAGGACUUAUUUAGUAUCAUAAGUUGCCUUUCCUCGUUUGCUUGGACGUUUGCAGAAGCAGGAAACUCUAGUAUGAAGUUGGUGUGGCGGCACAAAGUGAGCGAGCUGGCCGUCAAAUACGUUAGCAUAUUGGCCGAAUCAGAAGGAGGCUAG